CGGCAUCAACCCACAUUCCCCAGCCGCAGUCUGUGUCCGUCACAAUCAAAAUGGCACCGUCCCGGCCCACCGGAUUCGCUUGCACCACCUGCGGGAGGCAGUACCAGCACAGCAGCCACCUACGCAGACAUGAAACAACCCACUCGGGGUCUGAGGAGUUCAGGUGCCAGUACUGCAGAAAAGCAUUCGGCAGGAGAGACGUGUGGCGAAAACACUACCAAAGCUGCCCACAAAACAACAAUCACGAUGAACCACCUCCGGCCAAGCGGGGGAAGAGAGCAAAGGCGUGCGAUGCCUGUUUCCGCAGCAAGCUCUCUUGUGACGGUAGUUCACAGUGUGCUCGAUGCCAGGCUCGUCGAGUGGCAUGCGUCUACACAAGGACUCAAGGCGCCGUCAUCAACUACAGCACCGAGUCACCAGCAGCUACGACUAGUACCGGCACUGUAGUAGAGACCUCCGCCGCCCCUCAGGACGACAGCACCAAAAUCCCUGUGGCCUUCCUCCUCAGUCUCACGAACCCCAAAGCCGGAGCAAUGCUAGAGGCCUUCCUCGGGGAGCCCCGCCGCGGCGAUGACCCCCCCAGCGCCGAGCUCCAACCAGACGUACCUCUCCAUCCCGACCCCUACCAAGGCACUGCUAUCAGCGACGGCUUCUUCCUCUCCUGGCUCUUCGAACAACCGUACCCGGAUACCAACACCACCACCGCCGCCGCCGCCGCCGCCACCAUCCCCACCUUCCCCUUCCCACCCCCCGAACCCCUCAACACCACCCCCACCGCCAACACCCCCCCAACAGGCAUCGACCCCACCCUCCAACCGCUCCUCACCGACAUCCAAACCCUCCACCACACCCUCACCAGCACCGCCGACCCCUCCUACACGGGCACCUUCGACGCCUCCCUCGCGGCACAGGUCUUCACACGCGCCCACCGCGACGCCUUCGUGCCCACCUACUUCCGCUACACCCACCUCCACCUACCCCUAGUGCACCGGCCCAGCUUCGACCCCGAUACCUCGCCGCCGGCGCUCACGCUGGCGGUGUUUCUGUGUGGGGCGCUGUACGCGCCGCCGAGGGACUCGGUGCUGGCGGUGAGGGGGUUUUUUGCGGUCGUGGAGGAGUGGGUGUUUAGGCGGCUGGAGGGGUUGGUUAAGGGGGUUGAGGAGGAGGGUGGUGGGGUGGAGGCCUUGGAGGGUGAGAGGGAGAGGGAGGUGUGUGGGACGGUUCAGGCGGCGUUGUUGGUGCAUGGCGCGCAGUUUAUUGUGAAUAACCCGGCGUUUAGGAGCAGGGGGUGGGUGGGCAGACGGCCGGCGCUGGUGCAGGCUGUUAGGAGGCUGGGGUUGGUCAGGGCGCGGCAUGCGUGUUAUGGUGAGGGCGGGGUGGAUUGGGAGAGGUGGGUGAGGGAGGAGACUAGGAUUAGAAUCGCUACCUGGACCUUCGUAGGGGACUGGCAGCAGGGCGGGGUGACCCAUCAGCCUGGGCUCGCGACAAUACACGAGAUGACAGGCGACCUCCCCUCCCUGCCGGAUCUGUGGGAGGCAAAUGAUGCUACCGAGUUCAAAGCGGCCAUAGCUGCCAACGGACCCGGUUGCUGGCGGCGGACAGCAUCACUCCGCGAUUGCGCUGAUGCGUUGAUGGCCGAGUCCUGGUCCGGCAGCGAGGGCUUCCCUUUAAAGUACAUUUCCUUACUCGACCUCUAUUUCCUAGUCACAGCCAUCCAAGUGAUGAUCGCCAUCUCCCGACUCGUGUCGGUGCUACAGACGACCAUACCUGCGAUCGAGCGGGCGACAGACCGGUGGCAAGAGCUCUGGCGGGCAUCGGUAAUCCGCCUUGACGCCGAAGAGUUGCGUACAAGCGGCCUCGUCAGGCACUGCGGCGAGUACUGCUGGCUUGCAAGGGCGCUGCUGAAGCAUGCCCAGGAAGGGAAAGACAGGACAUCGCCAUACUAUCAGCGGAUAGGGCACGAGACUCCAAAGGAGCUUCAUGAUUUACUACGGGAACUGCGAGACUAUGACAUCAGGCCAGAAUGAGCACGAGUUCACGCCUCAUGAUUAACAGCUAGUGUACUCGC